UAGUGGAUCGUGGUGAAUGCAGCUUUCCGAAGACAAAACCCUGGUGCGCUAUUGCUGCUGCAGGUAUCUCACUGUCACUGCUCGACUCGGACUGCUCUAGUGAAAGGAUGGCACACUCUAAUGGACCCACCACCCAAAUUGCUCACGUAUACAGGGGAACAUUUAUACACUCUACCCACCAAACAGCGCUGCAGCUCCUGGAAGAUACGCUCCUUGGGGUGGAUGAAGACGGAAAGAUUGCUUUCAUUGGGAAAGGUGCAGAGUUAGACAGACUGUCUAAGAGAUUUGGAUUCAGUCCGUCUGAAGUCACUCAACUGGCUCAACAUGAGUUCUUCAUGCCAGGACUGGUGGACACGCACAUCCAUGCGCCUCAGUACAGCUACACUGGCACAGCCUUGGACAUGCCCUUACUGCAGUGGCUCAAUACCUACACCUUUCCUGUGGAGUCAUGCUUCAAGGACCUGGAGGUUGCCCAAAGGGUGUACUCUCAAGUAGUGAAAAGGACCCUGAGGAACGGAACAACAACUGCAUGUUACUUUGCUACCAUUCAUACAGAUGCCUCUCUUCUGCUGGGCAAGAUUGCAAAUGAUUUUGGACAGCGUGCCCUGGUGGGCAAGGUGUGUAUGGACAGGAACAAUUCUGUGAAACAUUACAAAGAGACCAAUCAGGAGUCUCAGGAGGAAACCUGUCGGUUCAUUGCCGAGCUCUUAAACAAAAAGUAUCCUCUGGUGAGGCCAGUGGUGACGCCCCGCUUCGCUCUGUCCUGCACAGGAGCUUUGCUGGGACAACUUGGAGCGAUUGCUAAGAAUAACAACCUGCACAUUCAGAGUCAUAUUAGUGAAAACGUAGAGGAAAUUAAGCUUGUAAAGGAGCUGUUUCCUGAAUCAAAGUCUUACACAGACGUGUAUCACAAACACAACCUGCUCACGGACAAGACAGUGAUGGCCCAUGGCUGCUACCUCAGUGAUGAGGAGUUGGCUCUGUUCAGAGAGACAGGAGCCUCUUUGUCUCACUGUCCCAACUCUAACAUCUCGUUGUGCAGUGGUAUGUUGGAUGUCCGCAACGUCCUGAAACACAAAGUGAAGUUGGGGCUGGGAACAGACGUGGCGGGGGGCUACUCUGCCUCUAUGCUGGAUGCUGUGCGGAGAACUCUGGACACAUCCAAAAUCUUGACCAUCCAGAAUCCAGAACAUGACACACUCACCUUUGAGGAGGUGUUCAGACUGGCCACACUGGGAGGAAGCCAAGCUUUGUCCCUGGAUGACCAGACAGGGAACUUUGAGGUGGGGAAAGACUUUGAUGCCCUGAGGGUGAAUGUAGCUGCUCCUGGUGGACCCAUCGACAUGGUCCAGUGUGAGGGACCAAAGAUUAUUUUGGAAAAGUUCUUGAAUUUGGGUGAUGAUCGUAACAUAGUCGAGGUGUUUGUGGCCGGGAGGAAGGUGGUACCAUUCGCAGAGUAAACGCUUUGGUCACCCCCCCACCCCCCCCCCCCAAUAUGUGCAGCCCAAGAAGGAUUAGCUGGACAUUUCCUACCUGUGCAUGAACUUCACUGCUGCACAAUUGUAUGGAAUUAAUUAUCACCAUGAACGUUUUACUGUUAACAGAUUACAAGACUGUGGUCAGAUAAUCUUGAAAUGGAUCUGUUCUUGAAGCCUCAAAGGGGAAGUACUAGACUUCAAAACAGGAAUUAAGGGACUUAUUAAGUGCUGGGAAUUUGUUGAUCUUUAUUUUUGUGUGCUAAAACCUUUGCAAAUCUCUUUUUUUUAUGUUCAUGUACACACUGUUGUAGCCUUUUAGUUAUAUUUACCUCAACUGCUUACUUAAACUAACUAAUAUUCAAGUACUGGUGAUGGCAGUGCGCUAACUGCAACACAUUUUCCGUUGCAUGUGUUGCCUCAAGAAAUUUAAACUGCACAAUUGUCUAUAAAGUGAAGUGACAUAUUAACAUAGGACUGCUGGUGACGUAAAGCUGCUCGGUGUUGCCGCAGUCACCUGAUUAUCUUCAGUGACUUAGUGAUCUCAUUUUCAUGCAUGUGUAGCUAUAAAACGCUUCAUGAUCAGAAGACUGCGUUUUACUUGAGUUGUAAUCGUUGCUCCUUUAGUUUUUACACUGUACACUCCACUCCAGGCGUUUAAAACCACAAAGGCACAAAAGCAUUUUAUAGCAAUCUCUCAGUUUCAGUAUGAUUUAUAUCCACAUCAGAUUGCAGCUCCCAGUGUGGUGAAACUGGGAAGUCAUUAAAAGUUACCAUUCCAGACUGUUCUCUGUUUAUUGUUUAUUUUCACAUUACACUUUACCUGGAAAUCAGUGGAAAGUGAAAUUGUUCUUAACCUGGUGCCUUAUUAUCAGAGUCAAUUAUUUUUGAUACAGUUUUGUCAUACGAACCUCAGAUUUUCUAAUCAAUUCAAAGUUUUACUACUGAGAUUGUUGAUUGCACUACUACUAGGUCGUCCUCAGACGGGCUCUCCAUCUGUGCUUCCAGUCAUCCCGAUCCUCCAUGUAUCUGGCUAGCUCCCCAGUGUUUUCUGCUCCCGCAUCUUUCCUGAGUACGUCCACAUAUGUUAUUGCGGGACGCCCUCGUGAUCGGUGCACGUGUGUUGGCUCCCGCAGCACAAGUUUGCUGGCUGGCAGCUCUUGG